AUGAGCAAGGACUUUGAUUUUCAAGAUGUUAAUGCAAGUCCAGAAAUACCGAGAGGCAAAUCUGACAACAAUGAUUCUCUAUUCCGAGACUCGUACCAGUUUCCUAUAUCUCCGGAUAUUAAGAACUCAACACUAAAUGCCAAUGACGGUGUUAAUAUUUCUGACGUUUCCCAACUGAAGUUUAGUCCGAUAUACUGUCCAUCUUAUGAUAGUUCGUUAAUAAACAGUAACGAUUUCAAUCUGCUAGACUUCAGCGACGCUUCUUAUGAGAAUCACUCAAGUUUACUUGAUAAAUCGGAUGAAACAACGUGUCACAAUAUAUUGAAACUGAAGGCAAUACCAGAGGUUUCCAUUAGUCAAGUGUCUAAAAGUGAAGAAUCGUUCAAUCGGUCUCUAGAAAAUUUAACUAGUAUUACUGAAAAUGAUGAGAUGAAAAAGUGGUAUUCUUCUGAUACACAAAAACAAGUAACACCAAAUCUUCUGCUAAGAACUAAGAAUUUUAUGAAGAUGCACCAUAGCUGUAUUGAUGUACCUCCAGCUCACUGGAUAUCAGCACCAGUGGCCUUAACACCGAAUCGUGAUCUAGUUCACAGAUGUUCUUCUAUAGAGAAUGAAGUUUGCUUUUUGGUCAGUCAAGUACAGAGUUCAGAUUUCUUCACUUCGGCACAAUAUACUCCGAAGUGUUAUACAAAAUCAUUUACUGAAAUUAAUAAACCACAUUCAUUCCUGAAUUUCGAAGAUAAUGGAAGUUCUGCAGUGGGGGAGGUGCGCAUGUGGAUAAAAAAAAUAAUCGACAACAGCUAG